AAGUUUUCUUUUUUUAGUAUCAAUUAUAAUUGCACCAUUUUAUUUUUGAAACUUUUGUGCUCUUUCGUUUUGAGUUAUCGUGGAGUUCUUUAAUAAUUGCUUGUGGACAUGUAGGAAAAUAUGAUUAUUUAUUUAUCUUCUAUGAUAAGUUGCAACUACUGGAUUAAACUUUCUCCCAAGUAACAUCUAGGUAAUUGCAUAGGGCUAGUUCUAGAAAUGAAAUGUUUCUAUAUGAAAAUUUCACAGAAAAGGUUCCAGGCUUCCCUAAUCAUGAUGAAGGAUAACACGAACUUUUUAACACAAUUGAUCAAUCUUUUACAUCACUAAUUAGUUGUUUGUUAUAGGAAGAACCCAUGACACUAUCAAAAUGUGUACGAACAAAGCUUUGAAGUUGUCGAUUCUGCUCCGAAAUUGUGUGUGGUGCUCUGCAGUCCUGCAAGUCAAGCAAUGCCAUGCCCAAACUAUUCUCCAAGGAUUGCUUCCGCAUCUCACUCUUCAGACAGAUCUCUUGCUAGCCUACUGUAGAUUGUGCCUUCUCCGCCAUGCUCGGAAGGUGUUCGGCACAAUGCCCGUAAGAAACAUGCAUUCAUGGAACAUCAUGAUUGCCUCCUACAUUGAGAAUUCCUUGUAUUCCAAUGCUUUAGCUAUUUUUCGUGAGUUCAAGAGUUGCAAUCUUGUUCCAGAUCAUUAUACGUUGCCUCAACUUUUUAAGGCUUCUGUAGGAGUAGGUGAUGCUUGUUUUGGUAAGGUGUGUCACGGUUGGGUGAUAAAGCUUGGCUAUGAGGGGUAUGUUGUUGUGGCUAGUUCUGUGCUCGAGUUUUAUGUGAAAUUUGGGUUGAUAACCGACGCAUACUCGGUGUAUUCCAUGAUGCUUUGUAGGGACUUUGUGGCUUGGAAUUUGAUGAUUUCUGGCUUUUUAAGGGCUGGCUUGUAUUUGCAUGUUAUCGAUUGUUUCAGAGAAAUGCUGCUUACAAAUGGGGGGAAGAUGGAUUCCAUGUCUGUUCCUAGCAUUUUAAUUGCUUGUGGGAGGGAAGGAGACUUAAUGAAAGGGAAAGAAGUUCAUGGGUACGUCUUUAAGAACUGCGAGUUUGAUGUGGAUACUCCCAUCGGUAACACCUUAAUUGAUAUGUAUGGGAAGUGUGGAUGCUUAAAUGAUUCAGAGAAAGUUUUCAAGACAAUGCGCAGCGUGAACGUGGUUACGUGGACUACCAUGAUAUCGUGUUAUGGUAUGCAUGGAAAUGGGGAGGAAGCGCUCUUGCUAUUUCGAAAGAUGGUUAAUGGAGGAAUUACACCAAAUUCUGUCACACUUACAGCAGUGUUAGCUAGUUGUAGCCACUCUGGUCUGAUAGACCAAGGAAAGAAAAUUUUCAAUUCAAUUAGUUCCGGUUAUGGAUUGCAGCCAAGUGCUGAACACUAUGCAUGUAUGGUGGAUCUUUUUGGCCGCGCUGGGUAUCUUGUUGAAGCACUUGAGUUGUUGAGGAGCAUGAAAUCGUUAGGAACGGGAAGCAUCUGGGGUGCGCUUCUUGCUGGUUGUGUAAUGCACAAGAAUGUUGAGAUUGCAGAAAUUGCAGCUCAUCAUCUUUUCCAAUUAGAACAAAAUAAUGCUAGUAACUACAUAGCCCUAUGUGGCAUCUAUCAGUCUAAUGGUGUGCUUGAUGGAAUUGCAACUGUUAGAGAAAGAAUGAGAGAACAAGGUUUGAUUAAAACUCCUGGUUGUAGCUGGAUCAGUAUUGGAGGAAGGGCUCAUAAAUUCUAUCAAGGCCAUCAAUAGAACCAGCUGCCUCUGCAAUAGGCAUUGAAGAACACCGUUAAUUGUUUAUUGGAUGAGAUAACAAACCGAAAAUGCAGUAAUUCACUGUGAAAAUUGUCACAGAAUAUUUCAAAAUCUAGCUCAGCCAACUAUAUCUUUGUAUUCAUUAAGACUCAUAUGGAGUCCAUAUGUAUAAGGUUGUAGCUGUUAAGGCUGUGUCACUAACUGUAAAUUUGUGAUUUUUAUUUCAAGUAAUAAGUAGUUAGUCAUAUAAGCAAGGCGAGUUGCUCCUGAAAGAUUCUGAAACAAAUU